AUGCUCUACUCUCUACUUCAAUCUUCGAUCAUCAUUAAGUUUCAGCUUCACAAAAAAUGCAACGCACAUCAACAUAAGGUUCAAAAUCACGAAGAAGAGAGCGAAGAGAAAGCGUACUUGAACUAUUUCUUAAGAAUAUCUGGAUUUCUAUUCGAUAUCUUCGUCGCUACGAAAUGCCAUCGGAGCGAAUCCGAUCGGAAGCAUGGUUUUCCUCCAAACUAUGGUAAAAAGCAAACUGUUGCUAAUGCCACAAAUUCCUCUACUGGUGACAACCAACAAACUGCUUCCACUGGUGAAGAAGAUUCCUCUAGGAGUCAAUGUGCUAGCAUAUCUCAAGAGCAAUACUCUCAGUUGAUUAACUUGUUGCAGCAAACAAAUUUACUGUCUCAGUUGCCAAAUUCUGCUACCAAUGUUAAUUCAACCACCAAUCACAUUUCUACAUAUGAGUCUACAGGAUGUGAAAUCACAGAGGAUGAUUGGUUUGGCUAG